GCAACAAUUUCGGUGAUCGACUAGGUAGUCUUCGGAGUAUGGUUCACACAAUUCCGCUCCAACAGAAAGGCAAACCUGGAAACUCAGAGGUCACAAUUUUCUGACCAUCAAACGACUGAUUCGAAAUAUAAAUUGAAGCAGCAACACCUUGAGCGGUCACAUUCGAAUUGUCUCCAGAUUCAUACUUCUUUCUUUGCCUUCAUAUUUGCAACAAUGAGCGAAAAAUGUUGGUUCACUUUGCGACAGACGCACUAUCCGGCGCCUAUGGUAUUGGAAGACGAAACCGGAGUCACCGGGUUGGUCAAGGGGCCUUGGUGCUGCGGUGAGAUCAUACCUGAUUUGGCGCAUCUUGACAACAUCAUCAACUAUCGGGGGCCAACAAAGUUCCCGGUGGAUAUGCCCAUCUACCAUAAAAAGUCCGAGGACGUACCCUGGGGGCUUACUUCAGGACCUUUGAUCAACCAAUCCGGACACAAUAAUGCACCUUUCACGGCUACGGCUGGCACUACAGCAACUAUCAGCGCCGACAUUGCAUCUCAGGAAACUGUCACUUACCAUGACAAGUUUGAGGCGCUCGAUACUUACACGAUCGAAGUAACGCCGGCAUAUAUUCAGGACUGCAUUGCCACCAAAGAGGUGUUGGAUCACAUACGUCUACACAGUAGAAUGGGAUCAUGGUCUAUGCUCAUGAUCACUGGCAUUGCUGUUGCUCGCGGUGCGCGAAUCUUCCGAUCGGAAAGGCAGAGGCCUUGGGCCCAUGGAGGCUUCAGAGCUGGUCUCUCUAGGCUGGCAAGUGUUGACGCAAUGAUAGAGGGUUUGUCAGAAGAAAGCAUCACAAUGGCAUCAUCCCGGUGUUCCGACUUCGUCUGCGCGUUGCGAUUUACCAGGAUACAUAAGGGUCUUUUGGAUAAAACAUGGCACUACGAGACCUACUUGAAAGGGGCAACGUACGGCUUGGAUUCUGGAGCUCAGGUUGCCGAAACGAGGGAAAUUCUGCGCAAAAGAGUGGUUGCAAACAAAUGGAUGGUCCCGUCUGGCGAUGGUAAUGAGAUCUUUGUACAUUAGAACGUCUUGAGUAUUUUGAUUGUUAUGCAUCCUUUUAUUCCUUACUAAAAUUCCAG